AAUAUACACCAAAAGCUUCUUUUCAUCUCAUGAAUUAUGAUUGCAAGAGAAUAUUAAUUAAAAUCAUACUUAUUUUCUUUUAUAAAAUAUUUUUUCCUUACAGAUAUUAAAAAAAAAAAGAUUCUAUAGUACUGCUUUUUUAGUAUUUGUUUCUACUAUAAAUUAACCAUCUCCUCAAGCAACACUCUUCACACAUCAAAGCAUCACACACACACACAAACACACACUUUCUCUUCUCUUCUUUUGAUCUUUUCCUCUUUUCUACACAUUCAAAUGGCCACUGCUGAUGUUGAACAAGUGACUCCAGCCGCAGCUGAGCACGUCGAGAUGACACCACCAAAGACAGUGGAGCCUGAGGAAACCGCCGCCGCCGUUGUGACCGAGUCUGCUCCAGCUCAGGUAACAGAAACUGAAGCUCCCGUGGAAGAAACAGAGAAACCAACCGAAGAAGCAGAUGAAACCAAAACCGAGACGAAAGAGGAAGAAGCUCCAGUCGAAGUAACCACAAAAGACCUCCCCGUCGAAGAAACAGAGAAACCAGCUGAAGAAACAGAGGAGGCCAAAACAGAAACUGAAGAGAUCAAGAAAGAGGAAGAAGCUCCCGUGGAAGUAACCACUAAAGACCUCCCUGUUGAAGAAACAGAGGAAAUCAAGAAAGAAGAAGAAGCUCCGGCGGUUGUGGAGGAAGAGAGCAAAACAGAGGAAGUUGUAGAGCCUAAGAAAGAGGAAGAAGCUCCGGUGGUCGUGGAGGAAGAGAGCAAAGCAGAGGAAGUCGUAGAGCCCAAGAAAGUGGAGGAGGAAGAAGUGAAGACAGAGGAGACUCCAGCAGUUGUGGAGGAAGAGAAGAAGGCAGAAGCAGAGGAGGAGAAACCCACUGAAGCAGCAGCUCCGGUGGAAGUUGCCGUGGAGAAGGCUGAUGAGUAAAUCUGAAAGAAAGAAGUACACACUAUUCGCUACUUUAUAAGUACGUUGCGUCUUUGCUUUGUUGUUCUGAGUCUGUCACUCUUGGUGGCCCCUUUUGCAUCAUCACCCACCCUCUCUUUAUUCCCUUUCAAUGUUUAAUAUUAUGAAUCCUCUUUAAAUAAACGAAACUCAUCUCUUGCUCA